GGGCUGGGCGGCGGCGGGGAUGAGCCUCAGGUAACGGGGCGGAGGUGGUGGGGAUGGGGGACGAGUCCCGGGGCACACAGAAAGAGCCCAAGGGAUGAGCGCCAGGUAAUGAGAGAUGUGCCCUAGGGAACAGGGAUGAGCCUCGGGUAAUGGGGGCAUGCCCGUGGUGCAGGGGAUGAACGCCAAGGAAUGAAGGGUGAGCCUCAGUGAAGGGGGGUGAGAUAGAGGUAGUGGGGUUCAGCCUCAGGUGACGGGGAGGAGGUGAUGGGAAUGGGGGAUGAGUCCCUUGGGUAACUGGGAGGAGCCUCAGGGUGCAAGCGAUGAGCCCCAAGGCAUGGGGGAUGAGCCCCCAGGCACAGGAAUGAGCCUCAGGUAAUGGGGAUGAGUCCCAAGGUGCAGAGGAUGAGCCUGAGGGAACAAGGGAUGAGCCCUGGGGAACAGGAUUGAGCCCGAGGUAGUGAGAUGUGCCCUAUGGAAUAGGGAUGAGCCUCAGGUGAUGGAGGCAUGCCCAUGGUGCAAGGGAUGAAUGUUAAGGAAUGGCGAAUGAACUCCCGGGAACAGGGGAUGAGCCCAAGGUAAUGAGGGAUGAGCCCUGGGGAAUGGGGAAGAGAUAGAGGUAGUGAGGUUGAGCCCCGCGUAAUGGAGAGGAGGUGAUGGGAAUGGGGGAUGAGCAGCCCGGGUAACUGGAAUGGGUCCCAGGGUGCAAGCGAUGAGCCCCAAGGAAUGGGGGAUGAGCCCCAGGGCACAGGGAACGAGCCUCAGGUAAUGGGGACGAGUCCCAGGGCACAGAGGAUGAGCCCAAGAUAAUAAGGGACGAGCCCCAGGGAUCAGGCAGUGAGCCCAAGGUAAUGGAGACAAGCCCUUGGUAAUGGGGAUGAGUCUGAGGUAAUGGGGAUGAGCCCUGGGGCACAGGGCAUGAGCUGUAGGGAAUGGAGAACAAGCCCAGAGUAACAGGGACAAGGAACAAGUGUAAGGUAACAAGGGUGAGCCCAGGGGAAUGGGGUCCAGCCUCAGGAAAUAGGGAACAAACUUCAGGUAACGAAUGUGUGUAAGGCAGUGAGGAUGCACUCAAGGAAACGGCGUGGAUGAAAUGCUCCUGUGGGUGUUGUGUAGGGCGGGGCAGCAGGGAUGUGGCUCCUCUGAUGCUUUGCCUUAAGCCCUUCCAGAUCCUCCCCAUCUCCAGUGAAAAGAGGGAACAAAGUACAGAUGUACCACUGUGUUUUCAGCCUUGCUGAGCCCUGGUAGUUCCCUUGCAGGGUAGGACGGUUCCUUCCCAUACGUGUCCUGCUCUGAUGUGAUGGGCACUGCCCCAGGUCGAUGGUGUGGAUCUGGAGAAGGAGCUGCAAACCUCCUGGCUGUUCGGGGAGAGGCCUCAGCUCAGGCCAGGGCAUGGUGCCUUUCCCCAAGAGCUCUGUGCUGUCACACAGGCAUACAAGGGGGCUGUGUGGGGGGAGACGAGGCAAGGCAGUGCUCAGGAGGUGCCUCCUGCCAUUCCAGGUCCCUGCGUCAGGUGAGGACGAUGCUGCCUGUUUGCCAGAGCAGGAGUGGGGCGGUGUGGACAGCCGGCAGCAGGAGCUGUACAGGAUGGCGGUGAAGGGGAGCUACGAGGCUGUGGUCUCUCUCGGACCUGGGGACACCAAUUCAAAACCCGCUCUGCUGUUGUCAACUGAGGAUGGGGAGGAUUCAGCUUCCAGGACCCACGGGCUGCUGGAGGAGGGAGCAGUGCUGGGGCACAGUGGUGGCGCAGAUGAGAAGAUCGUGAUCAAGACAGAAGAGCAGCAGCCGCAGGAGGAAGGACUGGAAAUGCUGGCUCUGCCACAGGUGCCCUCUGUGAGGCUGGAAGAGGAGAUUCCCCUGGGCCAGGAGCCGCCGGUGCCUUGGGAGAGCCACGCCGUCAUGGACGGACAGAAGGGAGCAGGAGAGGGCUUAGGGGAGCUCUGCAAACAUGGGGUCCCUCAGCCUGAAUUCAAGCCCGUGGUCAUCCCAGUGGAAGCUCGCCCAGCCCCAGCCUUACCUUUCCCAACAGAGCACGGGCACGGCACAGAGACUGAGCAGCCGUUCGCUCUGCCCCAGGGGCUGCCGCUGGGAGAGGACACUGCCACAGAGCCCGCCUCGAUGCAGGCUGGCACGGAGGAGCACGGCCCAUCUGGCACAGGGGAUGAGCCCCGCGUGCCGCCGCCGGGCUGGAAGAACGUCCGUCUGAAACGCAACCUCCUGGCACGGCAGCAGAGCCACGCGAGGAAGAGCAACGGCUCCUUCAUCUGCACGGCCUGUGGGAAGAGCCUGGCCCACCACGCUGCUCUGCUGCGGCACCAGCGCCUGCACACGGGAGAGCGGCCCUUCCAGUGCCCCGCCUGCGGGAAGAGCUUCAACGAGAAGUCCAACCUCAACAAACACUACCGCAUCCACACCGGGGAGCGGCCCUACUGCUGCCCGGCCUGCGGCAAGGGCUUCAUCCAGAAGCACCACCUCCAGAAACACCAACGCAUCCACGGGGUGCAGCUGCGGGGCGGCUGGGCGGGACGGCCGCGUGCCAGCGCAGCCGGGGAGCGGCUCUACCGCUGCAUCGAGUGCACGGAGAGCUUCCCCAUGCAAACGUUGCUGGAGGAGCACCAGCGCCGGCACACCCAGCAGCGGCCCUUCCAGUGCAACGGCUGCAGCAAGAGCUUCCGCCACCGGCAGUCCUUGAACCACCACCAGAAGGUCCACGCCGUGGCCAACGCUCCCGCUGCCAGCUUGCCAAACCGGGGGACAGGGACCGACCCCUGCAAGCCAUUGACCCAGGAUAAUCCGUAGCACGAGGGCUGCAGAUGGGAUGGAAGGGGCAGCAUUUGUGCAGGCAGAGAGGUGAAGCAGCCUGCGAUGGAGGGAUGCAGCGGGCAGCUGGCAUCACAGCGCCACGGGGAUGAGGAUGGAGCUGGCUGAUCCACAGCCUGAGCACGAGGAGACCGAGUGGCCCUGGACCCAAUGGAGCUGGUCUGGUGGUAGGGCUGAGCUGGGCUGUGCUGCUGCCCAGUGGAAAAAGGCUCAGCCAAAGAGCAGCUCGGCGUGUUUGGCACCGUGGGAUGGGGAGCGGAGCACUUGAAAUCAGGGUUACUUCAAUCCUUACCAGCAUCGAGGUUGGUUGGGGGGUGCGGGUGGCCCAGGGAGAGGCUGUUGUUGCUGGGACAGCCGGAGUCACCGCACAAAUGAGGAGAGGUUUGGAUAAAGGAUUGGACUGACGCCA